GAGAGCGUGCGUUGGAGAGUGACGGUGCUGUAGCGGAGCUGCAAGUCGGAGCGGUGUGACACAAUGCCAAAUUGAUGCUUCGUAGGGAUUCAGCCGUCUUUUAUCGAAGGCUCAUCGAAACACUGACCAAAAUCAUACGACACAGAGAGUUUGGAAACAGUAUAUACAGAUAUAAUUGAAAUAAAAAACAGAUUGUGUCUGUGCGCAUUGAAGGGCCAAGUCGCUUAUGAAGGAAUGCCCAAGACUUCAGCGAACGGGGAUGCUGUCCGCAACCAACGAUGCUUCGGAGUUAAGGACCUUGAUCGUCGCUUUUGAUAUUGCUCUCUGUUAACACGGACUGCAGUUAUCAUCGGAUGACCAGUUCAAUCUAAUUUCGAGGCAAUUGGGAGCAAUUUGACAUUGCGCCUUGCAGUGUCGAGGCGAUUCUCCUUCUGACUCUAUCGUAGGCAGGAAGGACAGGAACUGCCAAAACUUCCACAAUGGCACUGAUAAUGGAACCCGUGAGUAAAUGGACAACGAGCCAAGUGGUGGACUGGAUGAAAGGUCUGGAUGACUGUCUGCAGCAGUACAUUAAGAACUUUGAGCGGGAGAAGGUGGGUGGAGAGCAGCUGCUGCGGAUCACCCAUCAGGAGCUGGAGGACCUGGGCGUGUCCCGCAUCGGACAUCAGGAGCUCAUACUGGAGGCCGUGGACCUGCUGUGCGCUCUGAACUACGGAUUGGAGACGGAGAACCUGAAGACCCUGUCCCACAAGCUGAAUGCCUCAGCCAAGAAUCUGCAGAACUUCAUCACGGGCCGGCGUCGAGGGGGUCACUACGACGGACGUGCCACGCACAAACUGCCCAACGACUUCCUGACCUCAGUGGUCGACCUGAUUGCCGCAGCCAAGAGCCUACUGGCCUGGUUGGACAGGUGCUGCCUCUUUCUCAGGUCUCCGUUUGCAGCAGUGGCCGACUACUCCAUGACCAGGAACACCGUCAUCCAGCUCUGCCUGGAGCUGACCACUAUAGUGCAGCAGGACUGCACCGUGUACGAGACGGAGAACAAGAUCCUGCACGUGUGUAAGACUCUGUCGGCGACGUGUGAGCACAUCAUCUCGCUGUCUUCGGACCCCAUGGUGUCGCAGUCGGCACAUCUGGAGGUGGUGCAGCUGGACAACAUCAAGUCCACUGAGGGACUGGGCAUGUACAUCAAAUCCACGUACGACGGUCUGCACGUCAUCACCGGCACCACAGAGGGGUCCCUGGCGGACCGUUGUAAAAAGAUCCACGCUGGAGAUGAAGUUAUCCAGGUCAACCACCAAACAGUGGUGGGCUGGCAGCUGAAGAACCUGGUGAGUAUGCUGCGUGGGGACUCUGGGGGCGUGUCGCUCACGCUGAAGAAGAGACCCCAGAGCACGCUCACCUCGGCACCCGCUCUACUCAAGAACAUGAGGUGGAAACCCCUCGCCCUGCAGCCCAUCAUCCCGCCCAGUCCCAGCAGCAGUGUGGCCACGCCCUCUAGUACUCUGAGCACGCCGUCCAGACGCAACAGCUGCGCCCUGCAGGACCUGUUUAUCCCCCCGCCACCAGAGGAGCCGUACAAGCCCAGAGAAUAUGAUAACAUCCUCCCUCUCCUGGAUCAGCAGUACACACCCAGAGAGGAGGUGGCGACCAUCCCGGGCAUUGAGCAGCAUGGCAACCCGGUUGCUAAGGGCUCGGACUCGCCCAACUCGUUCCUGGACCAGGAGUGCCGUCGCCGGUUCCCGCUGCUGGAGGAGGACGCGGUUCUGUACUGCUACGAGUACGACCAGAACCAGGCGCCGCCGCCCGCACGCAGGGACAGCACGCCCACCUACGGCCGGCUCCGGCCCAUCUCCAUGCCAGUGGAGUGUAACUGGGGGGGAGAUUAUGAAGACCCCGCGCUGCUGAAGAGAGAGUUUAGACGAGUUAGCCCCACGCCAGAGUGCAGAUCAGUCACGCACAGCAGACAGAGGCCGAAGGUCGCCAGACAAGCUCCCAGUGGACUACAUCAGGCAUUGAGACGCCUAAUCUGGGAUAGACCAGAGAACUCCCUGCUGCGUUACGUCAGCGAGGACAAGCCUACGCCUGAGGAGUAUCUGAUUGGCCGCAGCAGCAGUAGGCGGAGCCGCAAGAAGAAUGAGAAGGGCGGAAGCCCCUCCCACUAUGCUUUAGUUCCCGCCCUCCAGAUGGACAUGAUGCGACAGGACACUUUGGCCACGCCCACAUCUGAGUCUGCAUCCCUUCACCACAUGUUUGAUCAGGCAUCGUUGCUGUCAAGGUCAAAGAAGAAACUCAGAGUGGGCUCUCUGUCGUCCAUCAGUAAGCGGCGUAUCUCCUGUAAGGACCUUGGCCAGGCCGACUGCGAGGGCUGGCUGUGGAAGAAGAAGGACGCUAAGAGCUACUUCUCUCAGAAGUGGAAGAAGUACUGGUUCAUCCUCAAGGACUCCUGCCUCUACUGGUACAUGAACGAGGAGGAUGAGAAGGCCGAAGGCUUCGUCAGCCUCUCCGAGUUUAAGAUCGACCGCGCCAAUGAGUGCCGCAAGAAGUAUGCAUUCAAGGCCUGCCAUCCAAAGAUUAAAAGUUUCUACUUUGCCGCAGACAGUGUGGAUGACAUGACCAGGUGGGUCAGUCGACUGAGCAUCGCCACCACAUUACACACAGAGCUGGAACGCAUGCGGCAAGAUCAUGACUACUGGAGCGAGAGUGAUCACGAGGAGGGCGACAUGUCAGCCGCGCCCAAACAGGACAGCCCUCCCCCACCCUACGACACAUACCCUCACCCCGCCUCAGUGAGUCCGUACCUGGAGCCGAAGCGGGGCCGCCACCCCUCUGCAGACACACACACACACACGUCGCAGUCGCGCUCAUCCCACGAGGACUUCCGUCCCGACUCGGCCCAGAGUGGGGGGAGCCUGGGGGGUCCGGGGGGGGGCUCGCCGGGCCGCAAGUCCAGCCAGCGCCGCUCGUGGCAGGACCUGAUCGAGACGCCGCUGACCAGCUCCGGCCUGCACUUCCUGCAGACGCUGCCGCUGGACGACGGUGUGUUCUGCGAGCCGCCCGGCGGCGGCGUGCCCUUCGAGCUGCGGCGCCAGGCCACUCUGCCCGCCCAGCGAGGGUACCUGCCCGAGCGCUACAUGGCCCCCCUGGGGCGCCCGCACCACGCCAGCGUCACCGUCACGCCCACGGACCCCUCGGCCGUCGGGGGGAAACCCCGCAGCUUCACACUGCCCCGGGACAGCGGUCUGCACGCCAUUCUGACCGCCAACGCUGGAGCGGGCGCCGGACACCGCGACGCACCCCGCUACCACCUGCCGCCAGCCACCAGCAGAGACGCAGGGCUGGAGAGGGAGCGCCAUCAGCAGGCGGACUCGGUGGGGGACCUGUACCGGGCGUUGGAGCGGGCGAGCUUGGCUCCGCUGGGGGAGCUGCGGUCGACCGGACGGCUCGAGUACAAGCGCUCGUUUGUACGCCGCUGCAAUGACCCGCUACUCAACGACAAACUCCACCGCAUGAGGAUCAUGCACAGCUCACUGAAGGACGUGACCCUACAGGACUCAGACCGGCCAUCUGGAUAUUUAGGUUAGCGUUAGCGCAGCCUAGCGUUAACGUGGCCUUGACAACAGCGCAGGAGAUGGAGCAGAACUACGUCACGCCAAACCACGUCACGCCAAACCAUGUCACGUCACGUCACACCAGAGCAAACUGCGGCAAAUUCACGCCAUCGUUCCUGCCUCUCCUCCACCCUCCUCCACCCUCACCGUCUCCCUUCCUAGAGCAGAGCUCCAUCUCUCUCUCACACACACACACACACACACACACACACACACACACACGAGAGUGGGAGAGAGUCUCUCUCUGAAGCCUGGGCUACACGCAGAGCUGAGAGUUGGAUCAGAACCGGCUCAGAACCCACACUGUGGCGGCCUCCGUCCGAGAUCUGACUGCGGCGCCGUCCGGUCUGGUUCCAUCUGCUCAUUUCAGAACCGUAGCCCAGCCGGUUUCAUGGGGGGGGGGGGAACGCCACCCUGACUGUUCCUGUGCAUACUACUGUUAUUGUCAACCCCCUGGGAGCCAAAGAGAGCCUAGCAGAGCAGAGCCUCAGGACAGCUCUCGGUCCAGCCCAGGUCAACUCUAGAGCCUGCUGACCUCUAUAGGCAUCACCCUGACCUCCAUGGGCCCCUGCCCUCUCUCACCCUAUGCACUCUCACUCAGAGUAUAUCACAUGUCUGUUCCUUUUGCAGAAUCUGGACUCUAUUUUUUUUCUAUGUGAUGUUUUGCAUCCUUGCUUUCUCUCUCUCUCUCUUUUUUUGUCUCACACGUACAUAUACACACACACACACAACGCUGCUCACAGACACAAUAGCUGUUUGUCAAUGGCUGCAUGAACUGAAGCGGUCCAUAAGUAUGGUUAAGUGGUUUCCAGGUUACCUCUGACAGGGUAGAUUAGCUGGACACUGCGUCUCCCUCUGGCCUUUUCUGCAAAGCACCAUGGUAACACACUUUACAUUCUAUUGAGGUUUAUGGCGGGGGACAGCUGUUUCUGUCAGCAGCUCUGCAUUACAUGGUCAUUAAAUCAGUUUCUGCACUCUCUCACACACACACACACACACACAUUCUCUCUCUCUCUCUCUCUCACACACACACACAUUCUCUCUCUCUC